AUGAAUGCGUACCAUCGAGUGCAGCUGCCGCCGACGGGUGUGUCGCAUGCGCUGAGUGUACGACUGACGGCGGCGCAGGACACGGCCUCGACCUCGGAUGAUGGGACGGUCGUCAGUCAUCUCGUGACGGCGCGCAACCACGUGCUGCAGGUGUUUGAAGUGAGGGAAUAUGAGCCCGUUUCGGUAUCGUCGCACGAGGUGAGUUUUCAGCCCCCCAGCUUCAGGUCGGAGCAUCACUGCCGGGCCGGUGCUUGAGCUCGUCCUUGCCAGGCAUGACUGAUCCCUUACAUCCGUGUUGUUAGGCCCCCACGGCUCGGCUGCACCACCUCGUGACGAGACGACUGCACGGCACGGUGACCUCGCUCGCGCGCAUCCGGACACUCGCCUCCAAGACCGAUGGCGCAGAUCGCGUACUGGUCUCCUUCAAAGACGCCAAAGUGAGUGGUGCACCAUCCAUGUUAUCGUAUCGGCGUACGAACUGCUGUCGUUCUCACGCGCUCGCUUUGCCUGCCCUGCCCUUCAGCUCUCGCUCCUGGAGUGGACCGCAUCCGCCCAUGAUCUGCUCCCCGUCUCAUUGCACACGUUCGAGAAGCUACCCCAGGUGGUCAGUGCACCCGGCCAUGCAUGCAGCGCUGAUUACCUUGGAACACCUCGGCUAACGCUGCUCCGUGUCAUGUUGGGGUUGCUCGACAGGCCGAAGGAUCGACGCUGGCUGCGACCGAUCCAGCUUCGCGACUGUCGGUGCUGCUGCUGCCUUCCAACACGGGAGGCGAUGGAACACUGGCAAUUCUACCCUUCUUCCAAGAGGAGAUUGAUCUCGACAGUCUUGGAGUGGAUGCCGAAGCAUGGGGACCCCAGGGCAUUGCUUCGUUAGUCUGGUCUUUCUCACUCCGAACUCAAAGCUAACACGAGUGGUGAUCCUCAUCGGCCACAGUAUUCCAUACGCCCCGUCACAUCUCCUCCCUCUGGCUUCCCUGACCGCGACGACCAGCAUCAGUGGACCGGCUCGAUCUUCGACGCUGUCCAACUCGAUCGCUCUCGUCGGAGGUACACCCCCGAUUCGUAACGUCAUCGACAUCGCCUUCCUCCCCGGCUUCAACGAACCGACCCUGGCGAUCCUGUACGCACCGGAACAGACCUGGGCUGGACGCCUCGAGAAUGUCAGCAACAACUGCCUCGUCUCACUCGUGACGCUCGCGACGGGGACCUCGAAGGGGACCGACUCGGACACGACCGCCGUCGUCAUCGCAACCUCCCCACCUCUCCCUCACACCUGCCUCUCCAUUCAUCCCUGCCCACCCGAUCUCGGGGGCGCACUCAUUCUCACUGCGAAUGGUGUCAUCCAUCUCGAACAAGGAGGCAAGCUAGUAGGCGUCGCCGCAAACGGAUGGUUCGUCAAAGACUGGCCCGCCGCUUCGUCCUCGAUCAAGCCGGGUGAGGCGACGACGCGCGACGAGCUCGAAGGCGCCCGCAUCGUCUUCGUCUCCAACAGCAAAGCGAUUGUCUUUGCCAAGUCCGGCAGUGUGUUCGAGCUCAGUCUCGUCACCUCGGGUCGCUCGAUCUCUUCGAUGAACCUCAAGCAGGUCGGUCGAGGCGUGCCGGCGAGCUGCGUCGAACGGAUCCGAGGGAGCAAAGGUCGCUUUGGCGAGAUGGGAUAUGUGUUUGUGGGAUCGCAUGCCGGGGAGUCGAGUUUGCUGAGCUGGCAAGUGGGAGCUACGAAUGGGACCAGCUCCGAGCUUGCUUCGUCUCGACCUACCGAGAUGGAUUUUGACGACUUGGACGGUGAGAUCCCCCUUCAAUUUUAGAACGGGAAGCUGACCGCACAUGCUGACCUCAUUGUCUAUUAUCAUAGAUAUUUACGGUGCAAGCGAUGCCACAAAGGCCCCCCCGACGACCAUCGCUGCAGCUCCGGCACGAGUACUCGCUGGUGGUCGCUCGUUGCUGCUCACACCCUGCGAUGUGCUCGAACACUACGGAAGCAUACGAAGCCUUGCGGUUGGACUCGUAGGGGACGACUCACCCGUCGACCUCGUCGCUAGUACGGGUCAGGGACCGACGUCCGGGCUUACGGUGUUCCAUCGCACCAUCGCGCCUCGGAAACGACGGAGACUCGACAGCUCGACGAUCGCUACGAACGGCGUCUGGGCGCUGAAUUUGAAAGGGCAACACUCUCCGAUACUGAUUUCUUCUGAUGCUUCGACCACUCGAUUCACCGCGCUCGCGACCACCGAGACUGAGCCAACAGAGCUUUCGGGACCGACCAUUGCCGCUUUCGCCUCACCCGACGGGACGUCAAUCAUCCGCAUCACCCCUGCGGAACUGCAUGUACUCGAUGCCGAUCUAUCUGUACGACACUCACGUGUCUUCACCAGGGUCUCACUCGCCUCGCGGGCCAUCAUGUCGCAGUCGCUCGUGGCCGUCUUCGGACCGUCAGAUAAGGUUGAGGUCUUCGUCUACGACAUCACCAGCGGCGACGUUGCCGUGUUCGAUGCCGUGUUGAGCUACACCAGCUCGGCCCUGGCCGUCACUUUGUUUUCGGACUCGACCCGAGCGGUGCCCCUCGUUCGGUCUGUGCCACAGGGGAAGAAGAACGGCGCGAUUGCAGCGCCUGACACCGCCGAGGACGAGGACGAUCUUUACACGACCGCGCCCCGGCGAACGCUUGCUUCCGAAACGAAGGGCAACCUCUCGCUCGUGAUUGAGCCGACAGUGCAGAAUGGGGCGCUGGCAACGCACGGUCAACACCCGGCAUGGCAGUGGAUGCCUCUUGUGGAUGAGCAUGGAGACCUGCAGAUCGUGCUGCUGCCCAACCUUCAGGUCGUGUUCUCCGCGACGGCGAUCGCCUUGUUCCCCGACGUGAUUCAGGACGGGCAGGGUGAACCGGUGCCCGAAAACAUUGACGAGGAUGAUAUCCAGAUCGAUCGAGUGCUGUGUGGCUACGUCGGUCAAAGUCGCCUGCGCGCUCAUCUCGUGGUCUUGCUCAAAAACGGUGCGAUGGCUGUGUACGAAGCGAUGCCUUCAAUCACCGCAGGCGAAUCAUCCCGACCCGAUCGGACUGCUUCACUCGGAGUCCGCUUCGUCAAGAUGUUGACCAAACGGCUCCCUCUCCCCGUCCGAAGGAAAGCGAAACGAGGCCUCGAUGAAGAAGAGCCUCUACCCUCUCCGAGACGCGAGUUCAUUCCUUUCAUCAACAUCGAUGGAUUCUCCGGGUGGUUCGUAACGGGUGAUGACCCGUUCUGGUUCAUUGCGAGUGAUCAUGGGCCGGUGCGAUACGUUGAGAGUAGCGAGAAAAACUUGUAUGGUUUCUCCCCGUCGGCCAAUGGUGACGGGUAUCUGGUACAGUCCAAAGAUGUGAGUGCCCUAGCAAGUAUGGCCAGAUCUCAGACAUGCCAUGGCUUACCCGACAUAUUCACAAUCACAGAGCCUUUACGCUGCAUCCCUGCCGUACGACGUUUGUUUCGACCGUGAGAUGCCGUAUCAACGAGUGCCUAAAGAUCGACGCUACGCUGCGGUCACCUUUGAUCUCGACUCGGGUCUCUACGUCGCCGGAGCGUUGUACGAUACCGUCUUUAUGAACUUUGACGACGAAGGCAAGCCCGUUUACGUCAACGAGAGUGAGUGCACGCGUGUUCUGAAGAUCGUCUGAGCGGAAGGCUGAGCCUUCUUUCAAUGGCAGAUCCCGAGAUCACGGACGCGCACAACUUCCGCUCGACAUUGGAACUGAUCAUGCCCGGCACAUGGAAGGCGAUCGACGGGUUCGAGUUCCGACCCAACGAAUUCGUAUCGACGCUAAAGACCGUCACUCUCUCGAGCAAGAGUACGGCUACGGGGCGGAAGGACUUUAUUGCGGUGGGAACGACGGUAUUCCGUGCCGAGGAUCUUGCGGCGAGGGGAGGGGUGAGUUCGAUGGGACAAGUGACCGCGACAGGUUCGGCCCGCAUUACUGACUAUGCCCGCCCUUACGAUAUUGCAGAUUUACCUCUUUGAAGUGGUCCCGAUCGUGCCCUCACCCGAACGGCCCUACGUCGCGCACAAGCUCAAGCGACUCCUGAACGAAGACACCAAGUCCGUCGUCGGCAACAUCUGCGACAUCAACGGCCACCUCAUCAUGUCGAUGGGGCAGAAGCUCUACGCUCGCGCACUGGAACAAGAUGAGGUCUUUAUCGCCGUUGGGUUCUUCGAUGUUGGCGUCCACGUCACUUCCUUGACGGCGACGAAGAACUUUCUCCUUAUUGGGGACGCUUUGCAAUCCGUUACUUUGGUCGCGUUUCAGGAGGAUCCUUACAAGUUGGUUCUCUUGGGUAGGGACUAUCGACCUGUCAGCGUGUCGAACUCCAACUUCUUGGUCAAUGAUGGCAAGGUCGCUCUCGUCGUGGGUGAUUUGGACGGCGUGUUGAGGAUGUUUGAAUACGAUCCUCUCAGUGAGUGCUUUCUCUGCUUGCUUGCUUACUUAUAAGCAUCCUCCUAACCUCGUUAUUACUAUUCAUCAGACAUCUCCUCCUACGCAGGCCAACGCCUCCUCUGCCGUACCGAAUAUGCCACCUCCUCCGAAGCCCAAGCAACCAUCUUAUUCGCUCGUCGCUCUUCCCCAACCGAAGACCUCAAACAAAACGGGAUUCUCUACGGGACGAACGACGGUUCCUUGAUGACGUUGGUUCCGGUGAGGGAUAUCGUGUUCAAAAGGUUGCAGAGUUUGCAGAUGAUUAUGAUGAAGAGUGUGUUGCACUUUGGAGGGUUGAACCCGAGGGGAUUCAGGUAUGUGCACCUCGAUUUGACUUUCCAAGACGAGAACUCUCUACUCACUCCCUUCCAUUUCACUGCGACCUGCUAUCCAAACAGGAUCGUAAAGAACGAUUCCGUCUCGCGUGCCAUGGCCAAAGGUAUACUCGACGGCGAACUCUUGGCCGAAUUCGAAGCGUUGAGUUUGGGUCGUCAGAUGGAGUUGUGCGAGAUGAUCCAUAGUGACCCGGAUACGGUACUGGCGAAUUUGAGGGGCUUGAUGAGUUGGUGA